ACCACUCCUCUUGUGUGUAAAAAAGGUCAAGGUUGCUUGCAGAAAACUGCCAAGGACAUUUUGCAUUUGUAAAGAUGGCCACAAAGUAUAAGAUCGCUCUGAUUCGUCAUGGUGAGAGCGAAUACAACAAGGACAACCGGUUUUGCGGAUGGUUUGACGCAGAUCUAUCUGCAACCGGAUUAGAAGAGGCUAAAAACGCAGGAAAGAUGCUGAAGGAGCAAAACUAUACAUUCGACAUCGCCUUCACGAGUGUUCUCAAGCGAGCCAUCAAGACGUUGUUCAUCGUUCAAGAGGAGAUGGACCUCCACUGGAUCCCCGUGAUCCGACACUGGCGGCUUAAUGAGCGCCACUAUGGCGGCCUGCAGGGCCUAAACAAAUCAGAAACGGCUGCUAAGCACGGGGAGGAUCAAGUCAAGAUCUGGAGACGUUCUUACGAUAUUCCCCCUCCGGCUCUGGAGUUGAGUGAUCCCAGGUCAGCCACUAAUGAAGCUAAAUACGCACAAUAUGACAAGGCCGUGGUUCCCCAGUGUGAAUGCCUGAAGGACACUGUUGAACGUGUGCUGCCAUACUGGCAUGACGUCAUUGUGCCAACCAUCAAGUCGGGCAAGAGGGUGGUGAUCUCUGCCCAUGGUAACAGCCUGCGCGCCCUGAUCAAGUACCUUGACAACGUGUCUGAUGAGGAAAUCCCAGAGCUGAAUGUACCCACCGCGAUCCCGCUAGUGUAUGAGCUGGACGAGAACAUGAGGCCCGUGAAGCACUACUAUCUGGCAGAUGAAGCUCAGGUCAAGGCCGCCAUUGAGAAGGUCGCCAACCAGGGCAAGGCCAAGUAGGCCCGGGCCCAAGCCUGCAACAGAUGAACACAUACCAGCAUUUGGCCUUGGAAGGUCACAAUACAUCUUUGGGUUAAGAAUAAUUUUAUGCUUUUUAGUCUGGUGUUUUUUUUACACAUUGUUGGGUAGAAAUUAUCAUGGAAUACUUCUCUUUUCAAUAACAAUGUGGUAGAAAAGUAUGUCUUAAAAUGAAACCGGUAUUCAAACCUUAUCAAAAACGAUUUAAAUUAAGUAAGUAAGUAUAGUAUAAUGAAAUUACACUUAAAGUGAAAGUAGGUAGGAAAUGAAUUCAGAUGUUUUGUGAACAUUCCUCGAGAGCAGAAAUAUGGAACCAUUCUACAGACAUACGAACCCAUCUCCCCUGACAUGUGACCGUGGUGAAUGAACACCUUAUGAUGGCUAUGAAAUCUCCUUCGAUGUAUGUUAGCUGUUUAACUCAUAAGUGUUUCUAUUUUUGUCAUCGCACUUAAAAUGUUAUUACUUUAAGGUAAUUAUGUGAGUUUUUGUUACUUUUUUUACAAAGUUUGGUGAAGUUAAGAGAUGCAUGUUCAAUUUUUAGCCUAAACAACUUUAUAUUUUUUGGACAAACUAUAUGAAUAUUUACCAAUAUUUGCUUUUAAAAUUCUAUGCUUUAAGUAUUUUGUUUGGACUAAAAUUCAGAUGUUUUGAGAUGUUAACUUGUUGCUUUUUGUUUAAGUGCAUUGCAUUUUAUUUAUUUCUACCUUUAAAUGUUUUUCUUGUUUAAUUUACUGCAUGUAUCUAUAUGAACAAUAAGACAUUUACCCAUUAUAAGUGUCGAACAGUAAUACCUUUAAUUUCUGUAUCUGCAAGUGUUGAAGCUUGUUUUCUUUUAUUUAUUGCCUAAGUGAUGAAUUGUUAAAUAAAUUAAACAGGAUCUGA